AUGCCCCUGCAGCCCAAGGAAACCCACAAAGAAGCUGAGAUCCACCUUCAGCCCAUGGAUGACGCACCAGCAAAUCUGUGGUUUUCAGCCUGUCUUUGUGUCUUUUAUUGUAUAAAAAUUGCUAAUUUCAGGAACAGCUUCUUCAUCUACCUGAAAGUCAAAAUUGACAGGAUUGUGCCCUGCCUCUUGUUGGGGUCAGUGCUUUUCUCCCUGGUUAUUGGCAUCAUUGUCUAUGAUAUCGCUAAUAAACCGCACUGUAACAACCGCAAUUCCACUGGACGAGGUAAUUUUUGGAAAGCAAAUAUCAAAAUGGAUAAACAUUUUUUCCCUUCUUUUUUUAUUGCUGGCUUUGGAUAUGCUGUUUCAUUCAUGGCAGUCACCUUUUCUGCUCUUCUCCUUCUCUUUUCCCUCUGGAAACACAAACACAACAUGCAGACAAACUCCAUGAAGGACCUCAGCAUGGAUGCCCACAUCAAAGCCAUGAAAUCCAUUCUCUCCUUUUUAGUAAUGUACAGCAUCAACUUUGCAUCUUUGAUCUUGACACUGGUUUAUGCCACGAGGAAGGGAAGUCCUGUGACGUUUCUCAUUUUAGUAUUUCAAUACGCUUUUCCGGGUGCUCAUUCAAUCAUUCUGAUUUUUGGCAAUCCCAAACUGGAAAAGACAUUGCUAAGGAUUCUGGCCUGUGUGAAGUUCAAGGCUUGCAUGAGGUAGGAACUGUAAAAAACUGCUGUAGCACUUGCAAAAUGUCGAUAUUUCAUUCUAGAAAGGGAGUCAUUUAACCUCUCAUGCAACUCUCCAGGCAAUGUAGAUGAUACAGAUGUUCAGUCUUUAUCACUGAGAUUAAGAAGAUAUCAUUCAAAUCCUAUGAACUAAAAUAGUGUGGCUUAAAUAAAAUAUUUUCAAUUAUAAUUUCAUCCAGGUAAUUUAUUGAGUUAAAUUAUUGCCCAUAAAAAAUUUAUUUAGACCUGGUACAUGGGCUGGUUACAGAAGGGCAAUAACAAUACUGCAAACUUUCCUCAAACACUUUGGUAUUUGCUGGUUGAAACAACCAAAAUAACAACAGGUUUAUGUCUGUUUUAGUUUACGUUACUUUCUGCUGUUCUAGUGUAACAUGAUGAGCUGUAUCACUGUCUGGCAGUGGCUGAUAACUGAUGUGUGAACACAUUGAUCCCUGUCACUCUCCACGGGUGGUCACUGACACACAAACAGUGAUGCAGGAAUGGCCGUGGGGGGCACAGAUGAGUGCAGAGCCCACUGCCCACACCAGCCCUGAGGGUCCUCUCUGCCCCACUUCCUGCCAGAACACGAUUGCCCUGCUCUGUGUGACU